AUUCUCCUCGUCGUCAUAAACUGGAUUUGAGAAUGAAGUCACUGUCUUUGGACUCGCCAGAAUCUUCUGAAUUGCACGCCCAGAGACGAAGAAUAACUCCUCCCAACAAUAAUAGCAGAAUGAGCUCCCCAUCCAGCCCGAGCAACAAGCGCCUAUUAGGCGCACGUGGCAUGCGUACAGGUAGCGUAGACCUGCCCGACCAGGAGAUGGAAAGGAGCCUCUCUUCGGCCAGCACUUCACCAUGUCCGUCGCCGAAACCCCAUCGUUUGCUGCCAACUAAUUUAUACGCAGUGCUUUACAACUUUCAAGCUAGACAUCAAGAUGAACUUGAUCUUCGUGCUGGGUAUAAGGUGACUGUUAUAGACAGUUCAGAUCCAGACUGGUGGAAAGGCAAGUGUUUGGGUCGCGUUGGAUUUUUCCCAUCAAAGUACUGUACACGGCUGCAAGCUGGUGAGAAGGUACUUCAGGUCACUCAUAAUGUGCAGACUGGUGAUCGAGAUCCGUUGACGUUAUUACGAGACCAGAUCGUUGUUCAGGUCGGCGAAGAGAACAAGGGCCUAGUGUCCGUUCGCGUAGCUGACCGCCGCACCGGCAUGUGCCCGGUCAAGUACUUGCUGGAGGUGUGA